AUGGCGCACGAACACGAUGAUCACGACAAGAGUAUGCUCGAAAAAAUCAAGGACCAGUUCACGGGGGCAUCUACUUCGAAUGACGACAGCGACGAGAACCGCGAAGAAAGUGACAAGAGCAUGAUUGAAAAGAUUAAGGACCAAUUCAAAGGCACCUCGGAUGAUACGACGGAUCAAGAGGCCACGCAAAAGAGUCAUUUGAAGGGCCAACCCGUGGAGUUCUAUACAACGACGGCUGGCUACGGCAGCCAUCCCACACACGCAACAGCGACAAAAAGCGGCCUCAUGGGCCAAGAAACCGUGCGCAUGGAUUACGAGGGGCACGUCAAACCUCCAACAGUUCACUUGAACAAACCUGCAGACACACCGGUACGAUGGAAGCACCACCUGAAAACACUGAAGCAUUUUUAG